AUGAAUAAGAAAGUCAGAUAGUCACAACUCUCUUCUCGUAUACAAGGGGAAGAAAAAAACUAAUGGGAAGAAAUAUUGAUGUUGUUGAAUAAAUUGAGCAGUGAUUAAAAUAAUAAAGAUAUAUAGAAGAAGAUAGAAAAAUCAAUUGAAUGCUACAAAGAUUAAUUUGAGAAUAAGGAGAAGUUACCUCAACUUAAAUUGAAAGAGAGACCAAAAGUAUCAGAACAUUUGAUUGAUACUUUAAUGAAGGAAUUGCAAGAUAAUAAGAAGGUGGCUCUUCAGGAAUUAGUAGAAUAAUUCCAGAGCAUCUUGACAGUUAAUAAAUUAAACAAAAGCAGAGAUAUUUAUAAUAAAAUUACAAUAUGA